UGCGUGGCCCCUUUUUGCUCCAAUCCCUGUUCCCUUGGCAGAAUGACCGACUGGGAGUCGGCGCCUGCUGUCACCGAGACCCCCGACAUCAAGCUCUUCGGCAAGUGGAGCACAGACGAUGUGCAGAUCAAUGACAUCUCCCUCCAGGACUAUAUUGCCGUCAAGGAGAAGUAUGCCAAGUACCUGCCCCACAGCGCUGGGCGCUACGCGGCCAAGCGCUUCCGCAAGGCCCAGUGCCCCAUCGUCGAGCGCCUCACCAACUCCAUGAUGAUGCACGGCCGCAACAAUGGCAAGAAGCUGAUGACCGUGCGCAUCGUCAAGCAUGCCUUCGAGAUCAUCCACCUGCUCACCGGGGAGAACCCCCUGCAAGUCCUGGUGAACGCCAUCAUCAACAGCGGCCCCCGUGAGGACUCGACCCGCAUUGGCCGCGCCGGCACUGUGCGGAGACAGGCCGUGGAUGUGUCCCCGCUGCGCCGCGUCAACCAGGCCAUCUGGCUGCUGUGCACGGGUGCCCGCGAGGCCGCUUUCCGCAACAUCAAGACCAUCGCGGAGUGCCUGGCUGACGAGCUCAUCAACGCUGCCAAGGGCUCUUCCAACUCGUACGCCAUCAAGAAGAAGGACGAACUGGAACGUGUGGCCAAGUCCAAUCGUUAAAGAGCUGCUGUUGUCAUUCCCGAAAUAAAGCUGGCUUCUACUUUGUG